UAUCUCUUGAUGCGUGCGUAUCAACCAAGACAUCACUUCUCUCUCAACGGCAUAGAUUGUAGACAGAAAAACAUUCUACCCRCACAAUCAUAAACAUAAUUCGAAGUAAACAAUCACCAUGAAAUUCAUUGCUACCAUCGCCGCAUCCCUCCUUGUCGCCACCCAAGGCUUCAUCGCUGCCCCUACUGCUUCGAUGACAACUUCUUUGCGAAUGAGCGACGACGACCAAACCGCAACCGGAGUCACCGGAAAAGUUAAGUUCUUCAGCGACAAGGGAUUUGGUUUCAUYGCCCCUGACAAUGGCGGCGACGAUGUUUUCGUUCACUUCUCUGCUAUCAACAAGGAUGGAUUCAAGAGUCUAAAUGACGAGGAAACCGUCACAUUCGACAUCGAAUACGAUGACGAGAGGGGAAAAUACCGAGCGKCCAACGUAAACGGAAAUGGAGACGGCAUCCAAAAGGAAAGGUGGUAAACAACUGAGUCUGUCUCACAACGGACAAGACUGGAGCCAUGUUCUUCUCACGUGGAUCCGUGAUUCUGRGUGAAUUCCAUGAUUAGAUUAUUACCAUCAAUCCUGUAAAAGGGUCCAUCGGGAACAUUCAAUUGUUUUGCCAUUCAGAACGUUAGCGAGGAAUACAGAGCCAGCUGAAACGUUGCGUAAAUGAAAUUCAUCAUCAAGAAUCCUGGAAAAUGGCACCUAUAAUACAAGGAUUCAAAGUUCCUCCAGUUAAUUCACUUUGUAUUUCCAAUUAACAUUUCUGUUUACA